CAGGCAGUUAGGUUUCGUUUCUCCCUCGUGAAGUGCGUCAUCGUCUUCGCUCGGAGCAGCAGCUGUUUUAACGAUGGCGGAAGAGGUCGAGUCUCCUCUGUGUUCUCUGGAGGAGGAGCUGACCUGCAGCAUCUGCUUGAGCCCCUUCGACUGUCCGGUCACCAUCCCCUGCGGACACAACUUCUGCCAGGACUGCCUGCUCGCCUCCUGGGAGGACUGCAGCUACAGCUGCCCUCAAUGUCGGACCAUGUUCCCCAUCAGGCCAGAGCUGAAGAAGAACACGGUCCUCAGCACCGUGGUGGAGGCCUUCAAGCAGAAGUCAUCGACCAUCCCGACCGAGAAGGAGACCAAAGCUGAGGAGCCGAGCAAACCCGAGGAGAAGCAUGUGGUGCUCUGCGACACCUGCAUGCAGGCGGAGGCCUCCAAGACCUGCCUCACCUGCAUGGCCUCCUACUGCGAGGAGCACCUGCGGCCUCACCGGGAGAACCCCACCUUCCGCGUCCACCAGCUGAUCGAGCCUGUGGGGGAUUUAUCCGAACACAUCUGCUCCGAACACCACAAGCUGAUGGAGCAUUUCUGCACGGAGCACCAGCGUCUGAUCUGCAGCUCCUGCCUCCAGCAGCUCCACAAGUCCUGCUCCUUCUCCUCUCCGGAGGAGCAGAGGAGCCUGAAGGAGAAUGAUUUCCGAGCAAAGCUGAGUUUGCUGAACGAGAAGAUCGAGAGGACAGAUCACGUUGUCUUCCAGAUAAAUGACAUGCAGAGCAAGCUUAAGGAUGCUGCGAACAGCAGGAAGACGGCGAUGUCGGCUGCGUAUCAGCAGCUGAAGGACAUGCUGGCUCAAGACGAGCGCGCUGCCCUGCACGAGCUGGACUGCGAGCUGGAGAAGGGUCAGGAGAAGCUUCAGCACUUCGCCAAGAGGUUUUCAGAGAACAACGAGAAGAUGAGGACGGCUAGGGAGGGCAUCAACGAGCUGAUGGGCCGGGCGCAGACCACAGCCUUUCUGCAGGCCUCCUUUGAACUUCCAAAGGUCAUAAAGUUUGACCCCUAUGCGCCUCGGAUCAACCUGGACUCUGAAAGAGUGACGGCAGCUCACAGCUUUGCUGCUGACCUGAAGGCGAGUCUGAUGGAGAUCCUUUCACAGCCCUUCGAGGCCCGACCACCACUCCUCACAUCUGGUGAUGCCGAAUCCUCCGGGUCUGAAUCCGAACCUGAAAGUACCGAGGAUGAACCAUCGGGCCAUUCGGCACCAGAGCAGCCUCCGAAGGAAGGAGGUUUUCCCAGCCUCAACACCCCUGCGCCUCCGACCGUCCACACCAUUUACCAGCAGGUUCCAGUCCCCGUCUACAUGCAGCCUCAGCAGUCGUGGAAUAAAAUGCAUUACAAUCAGUUCGGUUCUUCUGGCUUUUCACCGGGGCGUCAGAACUUUCAUGGACAAAAGUUUAAGAAACCUUCAUCAGGAAAGAAGGACACGAAAGGCCCCCACAAGCCUGCUCAAAAAGCUCAUCAAAACAGUGGAGGAGACCGGAGCCAGACUCCCCAAAAUAAAGGAGAGGGUCGAAAACCCCCCAGUGCUUCAGGAGGUCAGAAACCCGCUGCUGCAGGACCGAGAUCCACCAAAGAAGGCAAACCCGGCGGCCGUCCUCCUUCAGCCAAACCGCCGGGACAACAGCACCAUCCUAAGAGGAACAAGUAGAAGAACAGUAAACAUUCCGCUUCUGCUCACUUCAGAUGUUUAAGUCAUCUGAUCUCAAAAUAUAAUGUUGCACUUGUAAUUUUAAUUUUUUUUUUUGCUUGUCUAAAAUAAAAAGUAUCUUCACAUUUCUUCUUCCAGCCA